CUCAGCCCCUCCAAGAUGGCCUCGGAGUGGUUGUCAAGGCAACAGUGUGAAAGUCAUCAGUGCCAUGGAAACCCUUUGCGUGGCCGAAUAAUAUAAAUAUUUUUUUCGCGAGGAAGGAGCCUGGGGAUGAGUGGGCGAUGUGCUAUUUUCUGACGCUGCAGUGGCAGCGGAUGGGAGGGGGCUCCCCGGCGGCGAGGGAAGGGGGGCCCGAUAAAAUUAGCUCAGCAUGGAGGGGAGGAAGAGUUUCGGGAGCGGCUGGGCUUGCCCUUGGGAUGGGAGCCCGAGGACCCGCCGGGUCUGCCUUUGCAUCUCCGAGUCCCAAAGGCCACUAGCUGCGCACAGAGGUUUCGUUUGAAUUCUGUCCAGAAGAAGAGGGAAUUUCUAGAAUAAAUCAAAGAGAAAUUGGAGGAGAUUCAAGUGGAACAAUCAGAGGAAAAUGCACAAAAAUUCCAACAGCUACAGCAGGAAACUGGAAGAGAUGCUACUGAACUAGGUGCUGCAGGUUUGGAUACACUGGAAUUCUUCAUGAAGUACUUUUCUGAUGGCAGUCCUAAGUAAACUAGCUGUUAAGGAACUGGGCACAUCCAUAUUCCUGAUGAAUGUGAUUUGAGUUCUGUAGUAGACAUCUAUUCUUAACAAUAGUAAUACAGAAAGUGUAACUACCUGCAGUUCCAAACUGGAGUGAUGGCCCAGAAGAAUUUCCAUAUGUAAAUGUGCCUCUUUUCCAUGGACUUUGAUUAGAGGUGACAUCGUCUCCUCACAACUCAGCUUAAAAGAUGAGUGAUGGGGUGUGGAUCAUGCUUAGUCCAGCAGAGUUUGCUCAGCUGCAGCAAUAUUCUGAAUAUUCUACCAAAAAAUUGAGAGAUGUUUUGGAAGAAUUCCAUGGGGACGGUAUUCUGUCAAAAUAUAAUCCAGAACAAAAGCAAGACACUUUGAACCAACCUAUUGACUAUGAGGGGUUCCAGCUCUUUAUGAGAACAUAUCUGGAGGUGGAUAUUCCAGAAGAGCUCUGUGAGCACCUCUUCAUGUCCUUCAAAAGAAAAGUUGGCCAAUGUUCUCUCGAGAACCAGCAGCAAAGUUCCAGUAUUUCACAACUGAGCAACCUUGAAUCCAAGACUCUUGAUACAGGUAUAUCCAUCCAGACAGAAGUUGCUUGUGCUCCUGUUACAGGGAUCAAUGGGAAAACUCUUCUAAGUGCCAUGGGAAGGCAUACCCCUGAAUCCAAAUGUCCCCAGACAAAUCUAGCAGAACCACAAUCAGCAUCUCUCAGUCCUGUUCCACCAUCCAACAUCAAUGUCCUUGGGAAUGCCUCACCUAGCUGGUCCAGAUCAUCAUCACAAAAAUCCACUGCUGGUAACCCUUCUGCUCACAACUCCUCAGGGUCCUCCAAGAUUUCCUCAGGUUCACUGCUUACUCCACAAUCUCCAGGUUCCAAAAGUUUGGAGAAGAAACUUCCUUUCAACCUCCGAAAGAGUAACAUCUCCCUGAAAACAGCCAGUUCACACCCACCAGCCCCUUUGGCUCAGGUAGUCUACCUGAAGGACAUUGUCUGCUACCUGUCACUGCUGGAAAGGGGACGGGCUGAGGAUAAGCUGGAGUUUAUGUUUCGCCUCUAUGAUACAGAUGGCAAUGGCUUCCUGGACAGCUCGGAGCUGGAUCGUAUUAUCAAUCAAAUGGUACAUGUAGCAGAAUAUCUGGAAUGGGACUCUACAGAAUUAAGGCCAAUUUUGAAAGAGAUGAUGGAAGAAAUAGACUAUGAUCAUGAUGGAACUGUGACACUUGAAGAAUGGAUUCGGGGUGGUAUGACUACCAUCCCUCUGCUCGUUCUCCUAGGCAUGGAAACAAAUAUAAAGGAUGAUGGCCAACAUGCUUGGAGGCUGAAACAUUUCAAGAAGCCUGCCUACUGCAACUUUUGCCGCACUAUGUUACUGGGAGUUAGGAAGCAAGGCUUGUGCUGUUCCUUUUGUAAAUAUACUGUCCAUGAAAGAUGUGUGUCCAAAGAUAUUGCUCCUUGCAUCAGUACUUAUGUAAAAUCCAAGAGAAAUACAAAUGUUAUGCAGCAUACAUGGAUUGAGGGCAAUUCCCCAGCCAAGUGUGAUCGGUGUCAUAAAAGCAUCAAAUGCUACCAGGGAAUUACCGGACUACAUUGUGUAUGGUGCCAAAUCACACUUCACAACAAAUGUGCCUCACACAUGAAACCUGAGUGUGAUGGUGGGCAUCUCAAAGACCACAUCUUGCUGCCUUCCCAGAUCUGCCCAGUUGUUCUGGAUAGGCAAUCCCACUCACGAAGAUCAGAGAGUGAAUCACCAUCCAGCACCACCCCCGAGGAUACAAACAUGAUCUUCAGAUACAAUACUACUACAGUGGAUGGACAUGGAUUGCAGAUCACGCCUAUGCUAGGGACACACCCAUUGCUGGUAUUUGUGAACCCCAAGAGUGGAGGAAGGCAAGGAGAAAGGGUACAUAGGAAAUUCCAUUACAUACUCAAUCCCAGACAAGUUUAUAACCUGGAUCGUGGAGGACCUAAUCCUGGAUUAAAUUUUUUCCGUGAUGCCCCAGACUUUCGUAUUUUGGCUUGUGGAGGGGAUGGGACAGUUGGAUGGAUCCUGGACUGCAUAGAUAAAAUGAACUUAGCAAAGCACCCUCCUGUGGCUAUCCUGCCAUUGGGAACAGGGAAUGAUCUUGCCCGUUGCCUCCGAUGGGGAGGAGGUUAUGAAGGAGGCAACCUAAUAAAAAUACUUAAAGAUAUUGAGCACAGUACUGAGGUAAUGCUGGAUCGAUGGCAAAUUGAUGUCAUACCCAAUGACAAAGAGGAAAACGGAGAUCCUGUCCCAUACAGCAUCAUCAACAACUAUUUUUCCAUAGGAGUAGAUGCAUCCAUUGCACAUAGAUUCCAUUUGAUGAGGGAAAAGCAUCCCGAAAAAUUCAAUAGCAGAAUGAAGAAUAAAUUGUGGUAUUUUGAAUUUGGCACAACAGAAACAUUUGCAGCCACUUGCAAGAAGCUUCACGACUAUGUAGAGAUUGAGUGUGAUGGAACAGUUUUGGAUCUGACUAGCACUUCAUUGGAAGGAAUUGCAGUCCUCAACAUUCCCAGCAUGUAUGGUGGCUCCAAUCUUUGGGGAGAAACCAAGAAACAGCGCAGCUAUAACCGCAUGAGCAAGAAAAUACCUGAAAAGUUGCAAUCCUCGGUGGUUACUGAUGCCAAGGAGCUCAAAUUUUGUGUGCAAGAUCUUAGUGAUCAGCUUUUGGAAGUUGUUGGUCUUGAAGGGGCAAUGGAAAUGGGACAGAUCUAUACUGGAUUGAAAAGUGCUGGAAAGAGAUUGGCCCAGUGUUCCUCUGUUGCCAUCAGAACAACCAAACUGUUGCCCAUGCAAGUGGAUGGAGAGCCUUGGAUGCAACCACCUUGUACAAUUAAAAUAACCCACAAAAGCCAAGUGCCAAUGUUGUUAGGACCUCCCCAAAAGAGCAGCUUUUUCUUCCUGAGGAGAAGAAACUGAACUCGAGACUAAUUUUCAAUCAAGAAAAGAACAACCUUCAGAAACAGCACUUCUCCAUUCCAGUGGCAACCACCCAGGGAAGGUCUGCAGAAAAGAAAUCUUAAUCCCUCCAGAUUCCUGGCUUCUGAAUGUGCUUUGGAAACAUCAGUCUGGAGGCAGCAUUAUGAACUCUUAGUAGAAAAUAACAGGGUUGACAUACGGCAGUCAAACUGAAAUAGCAGUGUGGGUUCGUAUAUCCAUGCACACAUAGCCACUUUCUCUAAAUAUUAUUGGCAGGGAUAGCAUUGACACUGAAGAUUCAGAAGGAUUUUGCCCUCCAUAAUAUCACAGUCCAAGUAGAGGAAGCUCUCACUGCUCUGGUUGGCCUGUGGUAAAAUCUGAGACUCUUGUACAGACAGUUGUUCUGGGCAGCCUUGAAUUAUACAGCCCUGUCAGAAAGCAAACAAGCAGACAUGGAAACAGCAUGUCUGACAUUGCCUUCCAGAUGGAAUGAAGGAGAAUUUUCAUCUUAUUUAAACUCCUUAGAAACCCCCCCCCCUCCAAAAAAAUAACUGUUGAAGCAUCAGAUUUGGCAAGGAACCAAACUUAGCUUAUUUAUUUUUAAGAAAUUCUGUCAGCAGAUAAGUGUUAUUUUGCUUCACUACUGUUUGGGUCACCCAACUGUACACUUGUUUAAACAUGCUAUUUAUUUUUCAAAGUUUAGAAAACACAGGGGAGAUGAAAAGGGAAAGGAAGAGAGAUGUUAUUUUUCUGCAACUCUAAAACAAGAGAGCUCCUUGCUAGCUCCAGUCAUAAUUUUUAGUUUUAAAAUAGAGUGGAAACUGGUUAGCUGAUCCCUUUCAGAGGCACAGGAAUACACAAAUAUUUUGCCACAAAGAAGCCAGAUUCAUUAGAGGAAACAUAAAAGAUUAAAAGUGAGAACUUCCUUUGGAAGGAAAAGGAAAACUCAGGGUAUAUUAAAUGUAUGAGUAACCCUUCACCAUUUGGUAUGUUAAUAACCUCAAUGAAUUAGGGACACCUUCAGGUUUGAUACUGGUUCUGUUGUCCAGUUAAUGUUUUUAAAUUUCUUUUCACAUACAGGGUUACUACAACUUCAGUCCAGAAAUAUUUUAUACACAUAGUUUAAAGCUUUUCCAUGGAAGUUUUAAAUUCUAUCUCAUUAUGGGGCCGACUUGAGUAACUGAAAAUGCUAGAUGCCUACAAUAGCCUGAAUACAUGACCAGAUUUAAUGCAGAACUGUACGCAAAUUCUAUGAUAGACAUUUAUAUGCCACUGAUACUAUAAUCAAAUGUAAGCAAACACAGAAGUCAAACUAAUUAGUUAAUUUUCAUCCCAUACAUUAGCUUUUGCAACAGAAAACUACCCAACCAGCAAUCCUGUUUACAUUUUUGUGAUUAAGUCCCACUGAUCUCAAUAGGAUUUAAUUUUGUAUAGGCACAUAUUAGAGUGCAGUGCGUAUAAUUCAUAGAUGCAAAAGACUAAAAUUGUGUAUUUUAGUUAGGAAAUGAAUACCUCAUAUUCUCUAGUUCUUCUUUAACAUUGUUCAAUCAGAUAGCAGUAUAUCGUGAUAGCCAAAGUCAUGCCCCCUCUUUAUUCUUUUUUAGAUUCCAAUGUACGUGAUGUUUUCUAUAUAACAUAAAAGUGCCAGAUUAUGGAAAACUGUUUAGAUCACAAUUGCCAAUAUGUGUGAUCACCAGAUUUUUUUUUCAAGAGAAGCUAAGAGAUGAAAAUAGAGAAAGAUUUUAUUUACUUGCAACAGUACCAUUCUUCUCAAAAGAUAAAUUGCUAACAAAUGGAUACACAUUUUUAUUAUAACAUCAGAAGGAAAAUGUUAAUCAAAGAGCCCUAAGUUAAUGUAAGCUUCUUCUACGAAUGGUAGCUUUUCAGGAUUUUGAAUUGGUAAUUUAAGAACACUAACUCCUUUAAAUACUUUUAAAUUCAGAUGAAGAAAAUUGUACUCACUGAUUCUCAUCGUUGCAUGGAAGGUUCUUUUACAUUAAUCCAGGACAAAGGAAUGUCAUCUCUGAGAUAGAAUAGAAUAGAAUAGAAUAGAAUGGAAUGGAAUGGAAUGGAAUGGAAUGGAAUGGAAUGGAAUGGAAUGGAAUAGAAUAGAAUAGAAUAGAAUAGAAUAGAAUAGAAUAGAAUAGAAUAGAAUAGAAUAGAAUAGAAUAGAAUAGAAUAGAGCUUUGAGGUCUUCUAGUCCAGCCCCCUGCUCAAGCAGGAGAACCUAUACAGUUAGAAGUCUGAAAAGAGUAAAUGGCACAAAUCCAUGUAUUUACUUGACCACUCAAAUAAGGAGGACACAAAGUAUGUUUUCUGUUAAUGUAGGUUUUUCUAAAUGAAGUCAUUUGAUUUUAUUUAGGGCUUGUCUGAACUAGAAAAUCUGGUAGAGACUUUGGCAUCUAUGACAGUAUAACUGUAUUUCUCAUAGACAUCCUGUAUUGCAGUUACAAUACCUACAAUUUUGGAAAUGUUGCACCUGGGAUCCAUUCAGAUGUCUGACAACACCAUGAAGGUUUUGAAAGAGGUACAAUAUAGAAGAAAUAAUGGAUAGAUUUGUUCUUACAUUUGGAAAUUUAGUCUCAGGAAUUUUUGAGUCCCAUUUACGGAGUUUCAUCUGGGAUCCAUCCUAGAGAGCAAAAUUCUAUAGAGUAUGUACUCUUUAUUAUUACUGGAUCAGAAAAUACCUCAUUGACUAGUAUUCAUAAUUCUGCGUUCUUCUGUCCCUUUUUUUCCAUAGCUCCACUUCCUUUUUGCUCUGCUUACCUAUUUGUAAGCAUCUUUGCUUCCAAAUAUCUUCAUCUCUUUUUAUGUUUGCUUGUUUUCAAUUUUGGUUCUUAAUCAAUAUGAUGAAAAUAUCCAUGACACAAGUACAACUCGUACUCUUUUCUUAAAUAUAUUUUUCUUUUGCCAUUGAUUUUAACGAAUGUACAGUAGAAAACAAAUAAGGAGAAUUUCUUCAGAAACUAUCUCUGCCAAAAGUUGCAGACUAAAGCUUUGCCAAGUUAAAAAAAAUAGCACAGCAGGAAUUUUGUGUGCCCUUGAGAUUUGGUUGUAGCCAGAUGUUAGUUAAGUGUAAUGAGAAAGCAAAAAAGAUGUGGAUUUUAGAUAUUAGACAUUUCAAAGAACUACAGACAAUUCUUAUGAUUUUAUUAUAGGUGAAAAUAUAAUACUGAACAAAACAAGAGCCAAUGAAGCAGAUCUCAGUCUAUUGAUACACUACAAGACAUGUUUAUUCCACAAAUAUAAGCUGGUUUACUAGUGAUUCCCAUCUGAGGGAAUUUGGAAAAUCUUUGUUUUAUGAAGAGGGUUAGAGUCAUGAUAGAUCAUAUACUAAUACUAUAAUCAGCAUUUUUAUUGAGGGAAAAUAAGCUGGCUUAAAAUAAUAAACCUGAGUUGUAAAUAUACCUUAAAUAGUGUGACUUAAGAAUGAAAAGCAAACAUAUUAACUCAUUUCCCCCUAAUCAAGGCAUGCCCAUUCCAUAGUAAAUAUUCUUAAAUUUCAUGGUCUUGUGAUGUUUUUUUCAUCACAUCCCCAGCCUGUACUAAGGGAAUUAUUUGUAGUUAUUCCAGCAUGAAAUUGUUUUCCUUCUUCAGAUGCAUGAGGACAUCUAACACAUUUACCCGUGUUGUGGUUGAUCAUGCAGUCAGGGCUAAGAUCUGGUACUUUAGUCUGCUCUACAGAUGUUGCCUCCCCUCCAGUUCUGGGCACUGCCCUCCAUGGACACUUACCGUUGAACUGCAGGAAAGACCAGACAUAAGACUUCUACAGGAACAUCUGUUUGUGCAAUGUCUUACUGAUGCUUUCCAAAGUGUAUACACUGAAUUUGGUGCAAGAAUUUAACACUCUUAUGAAAGAGUACUAGUCCUGCUCUUUAAACAUGUACUGCACAGAAGAUUGAUUUAGACCAAAACACAAUUCUGCUAACUGUUGCUGAUUCUAUCCCCAGUUACUGCAUUGCAGAUUUUCCAGUAAUUCUGCCAACAAGGUAUUUUGCAAGGCUGUUGUUGUUGUUUUAUCAUGGGGGGGCACCAUUUUGAAUACUCUAUGGAUUAUUUCUGGGUGUUGCUGGUUUGGCUAUUUGUUGCCAGCAAUCCCCUCACAUCAUUAGCAGAAGAGGGAGCUCACUCAUUACUCCACUUCUGAGCUUCUCAAUCAAAGUGCCAUAUCACUGGGGUAGUGAAGAGGGGGAAAAGUUCCUUAGUGCUUUUCACCACUUCCCUUUAAGGUCUAUAGUCUGUCAGUAAAGGUUUUUCUGAACAUUGAUCGGCCUUCCUUAGAAAAAGUCCAGUCAUGAGACCUCUGUCCUACGUUAUCCACGCACCUCCUCUUUUUUGAGACAAAGCUUAAGUCCUCUUUUGAAAUAUUGCUAGUGGCGGGUCCCAGCUCAUAGCAUCUUCAUGUCAGUAGUCUAUUACUUCAUGUCAAUAGUCUAUUAGUUAAAUAACAUACCAGGUAACUAAACCCUUGGGUGCAGCCACCCAAACCCA